AUGGUUAUUUACCAAUUUUAUCCAGCUCCAGCUCUCAAUAAGCUUCUCCAGCAAGUUUCUGCCUUCCCUGGACAUGAUCCAAAGAGAAAGAUGAGACGUUCCAUGGUUCAAAAUCCGGGGGUCAAAUCGGUUGGAAACUUCAGUACUAGAUUCUCUUUGCCAUCCUUUCUAAAGCGUGUUAAGAAGUUGACUGAUAGUCAAAAGGAUGCCAUAAGUAGGACUGGAUUUGGAAAUUUGCUCCUCAUUCCAACUCAUAUGCUUUCCAAAAACCUAUUAGUUGAAUUGAUGGAAAGAUGGGAUUACGAGAAACGUGCUUUUGUACUUCCUCCAGGUGAGAUAACCAUAUCUCUCGUGGAUGUUGCGUUAAUUUUGGGAUUACGAGUGACAGGAAGUCCUGUUCUUUUACGAGAAGAUACACCUUUCUUAGAUCUAGAAAGAGAAUAUAAUGUUGCCCUAUGGAAUAGAAAAAUCACGGUUGCAUCAUUAGAACAAAGACUUGAUUCCCUUGCUGAGACCAACAAUGAAGAUUUUGUGAGGUCUUUCUUGUUAUACAUGUUUGGUACUUUUCUUUUUCCAAAUACAAAUGGCAAAAUUGAUUCUCGCUACGUAUAUCUUUUACGAGACAUUGAUAAAGUGAACAGUUUUGCUUGGGGAGCAGCUGUUCUUGCAGAUGUAUUUCACUGGUUGUACAGAAGAAAGAAGGAAAAAGUACAAUAUGUUGGAGGUUGUCUUAUUUUUCUUCAAAUAUGGUGCUUUGAACACAUUGACAUUGCUCGUCCACGUUUACUGAAUUGCCGCUCUACGUUUCCCCGUGUCUGCAAUUGGGAAAGUACUAAAUCUCAUCAUAGACAAUGGUUCACUACCAAAUUCAAAGAACUAAAGACUAAUCAGGUAAUUUGGAGCCUUGAACUGACUUCUGAUGAGUCCAAUAGUGACGUAAUCAAAGAGUUGAUAGAGGCAGAAAAGAGAACAUGUCAUGACAUGAACCCACAAUCUUCGGUGUAUACUUCGUCUAAUAUUGACCAUACUGUGAAAAGUGGAUAUCAGUUGAUGGGUCAUGUGAUCGUUGACCUGGAAGCUGAACUAGAGAGUGAAAGUAACAGAGUGGCAUACGGAGUGCAAAAUCUUUCUUCUGAUGAAUUUAGUUUGCCUGAAACUGUAUCAAAAUCUUCUGCAUGCCACUAUUUGGAUAAAGAAAAAGAACUCACGGAGCUUUCACAAGCUUCAGGAGCAAACGUGGCUAUACUAAUCAGCAGUGAUGAUGAUUGGGAGGAUGAUCUGCAGAAGAAAAGCCAGACUCUGGAAGAGCAGAUAGUUCAUCUAAAGAACAAAAUUGAUGACUUGACAAGAGAGAACAAAAUUCUGAAAAAGCAACUAUUCUCAAGUCUAAAGUUUGAAGAACAGAACAAGAAACUAAAGGAUGAAAUUGAAAAUCUGCGACAAGAAAAUCAAGAGUUGAGCGUAUCAACCGUCUGUCUUGUGACUCGAUUACAAAAACUUGUCUUUGAUGAGAUCACGGAUACGUUAGAUAAUGAGAGCACAGAGAAUAAUCUUUGAAACAAACCUAAAAGAGUCAAUUCAGAUGAAUUUGACAUCUUUAUUAUCAGAGCUUUGUACUGAUCAAAAUGUAAAUACAAGUGCAAUUCAUAUUGAUUGAGGGCUUUGGUGUU